AACACUAAUUACAGAUUAAAGAAUAAUUGUUUUGAUUAAGAUCAGAUGCAUCAUCUGAGGAAGAAUGCUUCUGUUGUAAAAUAUACAGCAGAAGAAAAAAAAAAUAAAAAAAAUUGUAUGAUGAAGAAAACAUUGACUUUUUUUAGAGGUUUGACUUUUUGUCACCGGCCAUUGCAUGACUCGAGCGGCUGCCUUAAUCAAAUACAAUUAUUAAUAAUUAAUUAAUUAUUUAAUCCAAUUAAUUCAAAGCGUUGACAUUCCAAAAUUGCUGGGAAAAAUCAUUGCCCCUCUAUAAAUAGGCCUUUAUAACUAACUCCUUGAUCACACAAACAACUAAUUAAGUCAUAUAUUUUUAUUGCAAUAUAUACACUACUACUUCACUACUUAUAUAUAUUUAUAUUUUGGUACUUCGAUUUUCUUCGUGUAUCAAUGGCGAUCCCGGUUAUCGAUUUCUCGAAGAUUGAAGGAGACGAUAGAGCCAAGACUCUUGCUCAGAUUGCUGUUUGCUGUGAAGAAUGGGGAUUCUUUCAGUUGAUCAACCAUGGAAUCUCUGAGGAGCUUCUGGAGAGAGUGAAGAAGGUGGCUUCUGAAUGCUACAAGCAUGAAAGAGAGCCGUCUUUCAAGAACUCGAAACCGGUGAAAAUGCUCGACGAAAUUUUAGCGACGAAAAGUGACGAAAAAAUCGAAAACGUCGACUGGGAGGACGUUUUUCUUCUCUCUGAUGAGAAUCAUGAUGAAUGGCCAUCGAAAACCCCUCUUUUCAAGGAGACGAUGAAGGAAUACAGAGACGAACUAAAGAAACUGGCGAUCAAAGUAACCGAAGUAAUGGACCUAAACUUAGGCCUCCCAAAAGGCUACAUCAACAAAGCAUUCAACGGUGGCGAAUUAGACGACGACAAUAAUAAUAAUAAAAAUGCCGCCUUUUUUGGCACAAAGGUGAGCCACUAUCCACCAUGCCCAAGCCCGGAAAAAGUAAACGGGCUUCGGGCCCACACGGAUGCAGGCGGAGUGAUCUUGCUCUACCAAGACGACGAGGUGAAUGGGCUCCAAAUCUUGAAAGAUGGAGAGUGGAUUGACGUGCAGCCACACAAGAAUGCCAUAGUCAUCAACACGGGUGAUCAGAUUGAGGUCUUGAGCAACGGGAGGUACAAGAGCGUCUGGCAUCGCGUUUUGGCUCUGCCAGGUGGCAACCGGAGAUCGAUUGCUUCGUUCUAUAACCCUUCGCUCAAUGCCACUAUUGAGCCCGCUCGGGAAUUGGUCGUUGAGAAAGUGGAAAAAGAGGAGGUGAAUUCGGCUAAGUACCCGAAGUUUGUGUUUGGGGAUUAUAUGUCUGUUUAUGCUGAGCAGAAGUUUCUUGCUAAAGAGCCAAGGUUCCAGAAAGCUGUCAAAGCAGUGUAAUAAUGUAGUGUGUGUGUGUGUGUGUGUGUGUUCCAAUUUGGUUAUGGUGAAUAAGGUUUUUAUUUUAUUUUAAUUAUUAUUAGAGUUGUGUGAA